AGAUGGGCCCGACGCUUUUUAAACAUUUAUAGGAAAAGAGUUAUUAGAAAAGUUGAAUAAGCUCAAUAAAUCGGCUGGCAACACCUUGAUAUGAGUAGAUAUGAUAUAAAAGGUGAUGGACAUCGCAAACUAACGAGGGCUCACCGCGAAAAAGUAGGGCAAAAGAUGUCAUCUAUACGCUUUGGCUGGAUUUUUCUCGUUAUUACAGCAGUGCUUCUUCAGACAUCUGCGAACCCGCUUCCUGUGAGUCUAAAUGAACUACUAUCGGAGAAAAUACAAGCGGGCCGUUUGAGGGACGUUAGCGUGCAUGGUCAUAUAGCGGCAGUUAAUGACGCCUACCGGGCGGCCAGGGAGCACGUGACCCGGGCCCAAGUCAGCGAGGCGCUUGAAGAGGUUAUCGAGAGAACAAACGAAGCCGCCCAACGUGACCUGUUUGAAGGGGACAUUGAGCUGGAUGCUGGUGAGACUGAAGACAGUGUGAGACGUAACGUCAUAGCCGGUUCGUCAAAGAGAUGGGGUCGCAAGGUGUCUUACCAUAUCCCGGCAAAUAUGGGUUAUGCCAAGGCGUUGAUAAAAGAUGCCAUUCGAGAGCUGAGAAAGCGCACUUGCGUACGAUUCAAGGAGGUGCCAGCAUCAUACAAGGGAGACUUUAUCAAAUUCGACAAUAAAGGAGGGUGCUCAUCAUACCUUGGCCGGAGGGGCGGGGCCCAAACGCUUUUGAUUGGACGCGGAUGCGAACACAAAGGGGUGGUCAUGCACGAGUUGAUGCACGCCCUUGGCAUCUACCAUGAGCAAAGUCGGCCUGAUCGGGAUAACUACGUGCAAAUUUUAUGGAAUAAUAUCAAGCCUGGUAAAGAGAACAACUUUAAGACAUAUACCCACGGAAAGCUAGACAUGCUAAACUUGCCAUACGACACAUCAUCGAUCAUGCACUACGACCGCUUCCUGUUCUCGAAGGACGGACGAUCACCUACGAUCAUCGCCCGAGGCCGCCCGUGGACCAAGCUCGGCGGACAGGCCAGCGGUACUCUCACGGAAAAUGACGUAUUAGAGAUCAAUAGUCUUUUUGGUUGCUAGACAUAAGCCUGAAACAGUCAUCAUCGCCAUCGUCUAGCACCAGCCAUCGUUUGUUGCAUCGCGAGUGUUGAAAGUAUUAGGAAAAUAAAUUUGUCACUUGAUGAUGAUCUAGAUUGAUAGAAAAUUUAUUAUUUUUAAAAGAAUACGAGAUAAAUUAUGUUUUUUUUACAGUUCAAUGAAUAGGUUUAGAGUGUCA